AUGUCGUGGGCAUCGGAGAAUGAGAAGAAUGGCGCAUCGCCAACAAGUCCUGCUGAUCACCAGCCGAGUGGCCAAGCAGAGUUCAAAGAAGGCGGCUAUGGAUGGGUCGUUGUCGGCUGCGUCUUCCUCAUCAACGCUCACACAUGGGGCUUGAAUUCGUCAUACGCCGUCUUCCUUGCCUACUAUCUCAACUCCGGAGCCUUUCCUGGCGCAAGCCCCAUCGCGCUGGCCUUUGUCGGCGGCUUGUCCUUUUCUGUGGCUCUGCUCAUCGCCCCGAUUGUAACACUCUGCAUCCCCCGCUUCGGGACCCGAGCGACUCUCGGCAUCGGCGUCGUAGUCCAGACCGCCGCCCUCAUCGGCGCCUCCUUCACUACCAAAAUAUGGCAUCUCCUCCUCUCACAAGGCAUCGGUUUCGGCGUGGGAAUGGGGUUCACCUUCAACUCCACCGUCGGCCUCGUUCCUCAGUGGUUUGUCAUUCGUCGCUCCUUCGCCAACUCCAUCGCUACCGCGGGGUCGGGCCUCGGCGGCCUCAUCUAUUCUCUCGGCGCCAAUGCUAUGAUCCGCAACAUUGGCCUGCCGUGGGCGUUCCGCAUCCUUGCAAUUUUGUCGUUUGUCGUCAACGGCGCGUGCUGUCUGAUGAUAAAGGACCGCAACAAGGCGCUUGGCAGCGUGCACAUUGCCUUCCAUAAGGAUAUCUUCAAAAGGAUUGAAUUUUGGUUGUUUGUGUCUUGGGGCUUCUUUGGGUUGUUUGGAUAUGUGAUAUCCGUCUUCUCACUAGCGGAUUAUGCGCAGACUGUUGGCUUUAGUGCCAGUCAGGGGUCUAUCGUGUCGGCGAUGUUUAACUUAUCUCAAGGCAUCGGACGCCCCGUCAUCGGCCUGGUCAGUGAUCGCUUCGGCCGCAUUAAUAUGGCUGGGUUGGGCACCCUCGUUGCCGGCCUCGCGACAUUCUUUAUUUGGAUAUUUGCCGGAAAGAACUUCGCGGGCACCAUCGUCUUCUCACUUUUUGGUGCCUUUGCUGGUGUGUUGUGGCCAACUGUUGGACCCGUCGGAGCUGAAGUCGUCGGAAUCAAGCUUCUCCCAUCGGCGCUGUCUAUAUUUUGGAUGAUCCUUGUCAUCCCGGCCACCUUUGCCGAGCCUAUCGCCUUGACGAUCAAGACUUCCGGCAUCAAUGCCUACUUGAACGUUCAGCUGUUCACGGGCUUCAUGUACAUCGCGGCCUUUAUAUCGAUCUGGUUCCUGCGCGUUUGGAAAAUUCGAGAACUGGAGUCGAUUGCUCUGUCGGAAGAGCAUCAAGGAGAUACCCUGCAGAACAACGAUGCCGUCUCUUUGACGACUUCGCGACGCACUGGGCCCAAGCCAGGCAUCAUAAAGUCUAUGUUGAAGGGCAUGCUGACCAUGCAGCGUGUCUGA